UGAAGCACUGGACUGGCUCUUGUCAGCCUCCUCUAAUCCCACCGUCGAAAGUAUAGUGAUACAGUCCAUUGGGGGGCUGCCGAUAGCAUCAGAAGAAAAGUUUCAGGCACGUGAAGGAUAUUUAAUAGCGAUGGAAACCUCGCACUACUCUUUGCUUAAACAUUGCCUGCAGGCAUUUGAUGACGAUGUUUACGAACUAGUGCCAGGUAUGGAACUCAAACUCGAACGUCUGCUUCGUUCUUAUCCUUCCGCUUUCUACCGCUAUCACAUUGUUUUCCACAAUGUUUCAUUCGAGCUCACUGCCGCGAUCCUAUCCAAUGGCCAUCACCUGUCCAAGGGAAACGGAGAUAUAGUCGACUGUCAGGCAUUUCUCAAGGAAACUAUUGCCCAUGCUUUGAAGCUGCCGCCACGUUGUUGGUUGAACCUUAUGAAAUCAGCCAAUGUCUUUCGUCCCCUGGAUCCUGAUAAUGAUGAUCACGCCGAUAUGUUUCCAGCUCCAUCUCUGCUCUGCCAUCAUCUUAUAUUCGUAUGACGCAUCAAAUGAGGUCCGAACGCAGGACUUUAAUUCUCCAUUGGUUGUUGAAUUCAAGGCCGCGUUUCCCUAUUUUCUUCACAAAAUCUAUGACGAUGUUCUCGACAUAUUUUCUGGAUUUGUCAAGGAUCCAUCUUUGAGCGAGCCAUCGUUGCCCCGAUCUCUGCAAGCGUUUGUGGCAGCCAUCAAAUUCUUACUCCAUAGACUUUCCCUCCCGGAGUCUGAUACGUCUCGCACCACCAUUUAUCGGUCGUUAAACAAAGC